AUGCCGACACGGGUGGGCAAUCGGCCGCCCGUGCCAGUUACUGAACGCUGGUUGACCGCCGACCUGGCCGCUGGCGCCUGCGGGUUCCCCUGGAUGAACGCAGACAGCUCAUGCAGUCAGGACAGCGCUGCGGUUGGUUCCCAGUGGCCAUGGCAUGCGGUGUGGGCAGUGGUGUGGCCUGCCUGUGCAGACACGGUGUGGUGUGGCAUCAUCAACCACCACCACCACCACCACCAUCAUCAUACUGUAGUCAUGAUGCAGCGAAAACACACGCUGCAGUCCGUCCAGUGGUCGCGACAAAGCCAGCCUCAACAGCUUCCGCACGGCAUCACCAUGGCGAGUCUGGCGAGUCGGGGCGUAGUGGGUUGGUGUGCCUGGCGUCAAAACGGCGAGCCGUGCGCACUGGUGGAUUCUAAACUUGGUGGAGCGGCCGUAUCGGGAUGGCGCGCCUUUGCCCACUCCUUCCUUCCAAUGUUAAUCUCCCCUUUUGCUCCCCCACGGUCACCCAUCUACAGUACCCUCGCCGUCUGUUCGGAUAUCGCAUCUUCACCUCGUUUUGUUGGUGUGAUCCUCCCCCCAUCUCCGUCUCUUUCUCUGUCGACUUCUGCGAAGUGCUGCCACUCCUUUCAGCCUUCUGCCCACGUUCCUUUCUCCACACCCCAUACUUUUUUAGGCUCUGCCUGUCCACUCCUUGCCAAAUUCUCCUCCCCUCAUCCAUACCUUCUGACUCGGAAUCGCUAUCGGACGAUUGAUCUUGAACUUCUGCUCCCCGGCCAGCAGCUUCUUUCCUUGACAACUACGCACCCGCCUGGACGCCUGACUACACCAACCACUCGCUUCACCUACCCCCUCGAAUCAACUCGUAUCCACCACGGAGUUCCCUCACUCACUCACCCACCCAUCCAUCCAUUCAUCCAUCCCAUUCCAUCCCAAUCCAAGCUCAACUCGAGCCUACCAUCUGCCAUGCAGACUCCAGACUCCUCGAUGAUGUCGCCCACCCCGUCUCCCCCAGCUCAAUCCACUACGCCCGGCCAAGGCUCAGCUGCUCGCCGGCCGCCACGCAAGAGCACCCUCACCCAGCAGCAGAGGAACCAGAAGAGGCAGCGCGCCACUCAAGAUCAACUGGUUACACUCGAAGUAGAGUUCAACAAGAACCCAACGCCAACGGCUGCCACUCGCGAAAGGAUUGCCGCGGAAAUCAACAUGACCGAGCGCUCCGUGCAGAUUUGGUUUCAGAACAGGCGAGCCAAGAUCAAGAACAUUGCCAAGAAGAGCAUCGAAAAUGGCGAUGACUGCAAUGACAUUCCCGAAUCGAUGCGCCGAUAUCUUGCGCUGCAAGCCAUGGAAUCUGGCAAAUCAAUCGGAACGAAUUUUCUCGGCCGCACCAGCGGUAUGCCAUAUGGCAGUGGCAUGCUUCUCAACACUGAUACCAGUUCCUCCAAAGUUGUGAUUCAUCACUUUGCUGUUCGUUCGUUGAGCGUCGGUAGCUGGAGAAGAGUUGGCCAAAGUGCCAUGGACCUGGUCGUCUUCUACUCGCCUGAAAAGUGCUGCAUCACAUACUACAUCAACAACGACUCGGCGGGAUAUAAGAUUGAGUAUCCAUUCUCUUACAUCAAGAACAUCAGCCUAGAGAAUGGAGACAUGACAGCCAAUGCCGAAGGAGCUUCGCAACGCCCUGGAGGCCUCAUUGUCGAACUCAACAGGCCACCAAACUUCUUCAUGGACUCUUCUGGAUCCGGCGGCUUCUUCCAAUGCGGCGACUUUACCGAAGACCAACAAGCAUCCAGCAUCAUGGUUCACCACUUGGGCGGUCACCCGAAGGUGCUGAGCGGUCAACUAGCGAAACUCGUCUCAUUGGAGUCGUUUCAGAACCGACACAACAUGUACGACCCCAAUGCCAUUGCCCACUCGGCACCUGUUUCGCCAAUCAACCACCGACCGGCCUCACAACCCAACCACCUUGUGCAUCCCCACAUGGGCGUGUUCCACGAAUCAUCGCAUCUUACGCCUGGCCCUUUUCCACCACGCGGUCACAAGCGCCAGCGAAGCCGAUCGGUGCCUGUUGCUAUUGAUUUCUCAAUGCUCCGCAACCCCAUGCCAUCCUUCCUCAUCCAACCAGAACCUUCGCCGUACAUUGCGAACCCGGAUAUCUUCGCUCCUAUCCCGCAGAAUGGUUCCGGUCCCAUCGGACCACACCUGAGCAUCGACACGUCUGCAGGUUAUGGGAUGGACUAUCGCCAGUACCCCAUGUCAGCCACAACCGCCAACUCACCGUCUGACUAUGGCACCCCGGCCUUCUAUAGUACUGGCCCAUCGAACGACAACGUUCCUGCGUCGAACUUUGGCCAGUACAACAUCCCUCCUUAUGUACACACUCCCAUGGGCCCGCCACCUCACACGGGUGCAUCGCACUCACCUAUGCCUGCCAUGAACCACUCUGACCCGAUUAUUGCCAACCAAUCCCCGCCGUUUGGACGUGAUACCCACGCAGACGUCUACCCGAUGUCACAAGACAACGGCAUGUCAGAGGAGGCACUACACAUGACAGACAUGUAUGCCAAGCAAACUCUCAACAUGCCCUUUCGAUCACCCAUGAUGGACGAGAACGUGGAUGAUUUGGACAUGCAGAAUCUAGUGUCUUUCGGCACGUUAGACCCAUCCAGUCUGUCGCCCGAGCAUCAUCAGAUGUGA